CGUUUCCGUUGUUACCUCAAACUGUUCAUAGAAGACCCACCCACAUGACUUUAUUCGUGCUUGACCUCCUUGUCACCUAUUAUAAUUGAGUUAACAUAGCAAGACCCUAUAUAUUUAUGUCUAUUUUCAAAUAUUUUCACAACAAUCGAUAUUGAAGGAGAUUUUGUUGGAUUCUGUUAGGAAGCCUGAAAUUGCUGCUGUACAAUCGCAUGCUGAUUGAACAUAGAGACCGACAGUUACCAAAGACUGAUUUUUACAUGAAAAAGUGAUGGGUUGGGAGACUGUAUGUAGCAUCAUAGGAGCCCCACUGGGUUUUGCCUGUUUUCUUUACUUUGUGUGGACACACAAGAGCAGAAAAAACAUUGUAGGCAAAACUGUCCUAAUCACAGGGGCAAGCUCAGGCCUUGGAGAAGCUUGUGCCAAGGAAUUCCACAAAGCAGGAUGCAGAGUGGUCCUGGCUGGCAGAAACCAAAGUCAACUGGACAGGGUCAAGGGUCAACUGCUGCAGCUAAAAAAGCCUGCAGAUGAUAGAGAACCAGAGAUAGCUCUGAUGGACCUGGAAAACCUCAGCAGCCUGUCUGGUCAGGUAGACAAUUUGAUCCAACGAGUGGGACCCAUUCACAUCUUGGUUAACAAUGCAGGAGUCAGUUCACGUGGACAGGUAGAGGACACCACUGUGGAUGCCUUAAUCAAGGUCAUGACCGUCAACCUGUUUGGUCAGGUGGCAGUCACCAAAGCGGUUCUGUCUCACAUGAUAUCUGCAGGAGAGGGCUCCAUUGUAGGAAUAAGCAGUAUUCAGGGCAAAAUUGCCAUCCCCUACCGAGCUGCCUAUGCAGCAUCAAAACACGCGUUCCAUGCAUUCCAUGACAGUCUGAAGGCUGAGGUGGCUCACAGGGACAUAGAUGUGUGUGUGGUGUGUCCCAGCUAUAUCCAAACCAACCUGUCCAAGAACGCCGUUACUGGGGACGGGUCGCCAUAUGGUGUUGAGGAAAAAGACAUAACGAAUGGGAUGAAGCCAGAGUAUGUAGCCCGCCAGAUCCUGUUGUCCGUGAUAGAGAGACGAGAUGAAGUUGUGUUGGGGCCUUUACACCAUAGACUGGCUAUUGUGUUAAGAACAUUAUCUCCUUACAUCUAUUUUUUCAUAAUGAAACAUCGUGCCAACUCCAGCAGGAAACAAUAUCUGAAAAAUAAUUGAUCUCAUAUUUUUUAUGGUUUUCGCCUAUAUAUAAUGCAUUUGUGAAAUAAACAUGCAAUACAUAAA